AUGGUGAACGGGAGGAAGUUCAAUGAUGGGUUUGAGAGCAAGGGAGCGCAGGAGAUGGUGGACGAGGCAGUGAAAACUAUUGUGGUGGAGGUAGCUGGGGUUGACAAGGUCUUUGAGAUCGUGGCGGCGUGCCCCAAUCUCAGCCCGCAGUCUCCAUUAGACACCCCAUACUAUGCCUUGGCAUCCUUCAACCCCGGGUCACUCAAUGAGUACUACAAGGUGGUGGCAGACAUUUCGAUCCAGAACAAGGAGCAGCCCCUUCUGCUGGCAAGACCCAUUAACCUCUGUCCGGAAAAUUUGGAUCGGGCCCUGUCCAACAGUCAUGUUAUCAGUGGGUCGUAUAUCAUUCCAGAGUUGUGCCGGCCGCUGCCAUUUCCUGCACACUGGCUGAAGAGAAGCCUUGCUCUGCAAGGGAUCAUGCCUGCUGUCUUCUGUGGUGUGCGCGUGGAGUUGCUGAGACGUCGGUUGGGCAUCCCUUCCCACAUCCCGUCCUGGGCCCUGACUCAGGCUGUGCAGCAGCCAUCGUCACUUUCCAGGGCGGCCAUCCCCGACAUUACCAAGCGUUUGGAAUAUGUGGGUGACACGGCGUUAAAGUAUGCAUAUUACCUCCACGAGUUCGUCACUGACCUCGAGAGAGCAUGCACAGGGCUCCAGUCGAAGUUCCAGAACAUCACGAGACGACAGGACUUUAUUGAUGCCGCUGUGCGGAACAACUUUCUGGACCUUCUUAUGGUGAAGCAAAAGGACAGCAGGCAACUCUCCACAGAGAAUGCUUGGCAAAUCUCAAGUGCUGAUGCCCCUUCAUUCCUCAGGAAAUCUGACUCGAACGGCGUUGGCAAUGGUGCUGAGGAGUUGGAUGAAUCAGCCAGAUCAGAUGAAUUGGAAAGUCAUUCCUCAACUGCUGAAGAUUCACUGGCACCCUUGGAGGGAAAUGUGCAAGAUGGCCUCAAGAUGACAGAGCAUGAUUUGCGGGCUGUGGUGCGAUAUAUCAGAGCCAUUCUUGGGAUCUGUUACAACUACAGUGGAACAUCACUGGUCAUGGCGAUGUGCAAAAAGUUGUGGAUGUGGAAGUUCCAGGACGAGGUGUUGGGGUACAUCCAGAGCGAUGGCGAUGUGAACUCAAAGAAUCCCCGAUAUCACUGGGAGCCAGAAUCCAUGCCUGGUCCACGAGGGGGACGGUCUACGAAACUACACCAACUGAGCGACGCGAUUGGCUACCAAUUCAAAAGGCCCUGGCGACUAAAAACUGCUCUAACUCAUCCAUCCUGUACUCACAGCUAUGUUGCUCGGGCUGAGAAGUUCACCCUGAACUACAAGGCAUUCGAGAUCCUGGGCGCAGUCGCUCUGGACCUGAUCCUUGCAGAGCAUUUGUUCAUAACUGCCCCGGAGCUGUCCCAGGCCGAGGUGAACAAGAUCCUGAACCCCAAGCUGAAGAACGAGAUCUUUGGGCGCUGCGCGGCCAUGGCCCAGCUCGACAUGCUCAUGAUGCACAGGGUGGAGUUCCUAAAUCAGGAGAUGCAUGCCUCGCGGAGAGAGCUUCGGAGCUUCGAAAAGCAGAAUGGACACACAAUGCUGGGCUUUGAGGUGCGAAAGGUUUGGACCGAGCUGUUUCGCAGCCUUGCUGGGGCUGUCCUCGUGGACUCAGGGUUCUCCCUGGAGGAGGUGCGGAGAGUUGUGCUGCCGCCACUGAACCGCUUCCUGCCAUCCCUUAUCUCAAAGGAUGCAAUUCCCGAGGAGGAGACGAACCACUUCUACAGGUUCAUUCCCACAGCCAUCGAAGCUGGGGCCUUUGAAGACCCCUCAUGCCCAUUGCAGCGGCACGAGUUCUAUGCCACGGCCAUGACCAUGACCCCUGCUGUGAAUGCUGAGGCUCCCGGUCCAGAGGCAUCAACAGCGCAGACCGCACCUCAGGGUGGCAAGCUGCCAACGUGCUUUGUCAUCCUCACAAAGCGAGCCAUCCCCAACCUUGCCCAAGCGGAGCUGUUUGUGCCAGACUCCUCAAGGCGCAUGAUCGUUGCAUUCGAACCAGCAGUGGUGGGUACAGUUGUGCUGACAGACAGCCAGGCUGACAUGGCUGAGCGGUUUCAGUCGAAAUUCUUCAAGUCGAUGUUUAUCCCUGAGACAUACAAGGCCCAUCGGGUGAGGCCAUUUGAGAAGAGGUAUCUCCUGCUGCCUGCUGUGGUUGCCAAGGGCUGGCCUGGGGAGGCCGGUGGUGAAGGCACAGGCUGGCUUCUUGCCUGGGACCUCAUUCAGCGCGUGAUGAAGGAUGAGGUCCCAGAUUCCUGGAACCUCUUCUUGGAGGCCUUGUGCAAUGUGAAUGUGGAUGUGGGGGCUUUGAAGGUGCUUGCCAGGUCAGUGUUGGAGUCUUGGGGAGGGUGUGAGCUAUGGGCUGAAGAAGUCGUGCAUUGGGAUGGGGUUGAGGACGUUGAACAGAGUGGCUGUGAGGCCUUGAAUGAUCCUGAAGUCUGCAGGGCAUUCAGAGGCUUGGUGAUGCAGAAUGGGAAAAGGCUGAUUCAGGGCAGGAACCUUGAGGUAAAAGGGCACACAGUGGAGGUGAGCCCUGCGGUGGCCGGCACAGCAACAGUCUCACUGCAUACAAUGGAACCCGCAGGGUCGAUGGACAUGGUGCCUGGGGAGCGCUACAUGGAGUUAACGGGAAGCAGCAUGAACAGAAUGGCAGUCAACCUCCUGAGACCUGUGUCCCUUUUGGCCGAAAAAGCGUCUACCCUGCCCUUGCGCAACUGCCGGCUGAAACCCUACACCAAAGGCUGGCUGGACCUUGGCCAGUUCUUGCCCUCCGCCCUGCACCGCUUUGAGGGCAUGCUCCUUGCGGAGGACUUCAGGACACAAUUCGACAUCUCACCCAAGGUGCCCACCACAGCCCUCAUGGGGGCGCUCACCUCGAAACACGCCUGCGAGCCCUUUGACUACGAUCGGCUGGAAUACCUUGGAGCCUCAGUCCUGAAGUAUAUGGCCAGCCAUAUGCUGUUCAAAAAGGGGAUCAGCGUGGGCGAGAUGAGCACGAUCCGCUUCGACAUCAUCACCAGGGGGGCAGUGCUGGCGGAUGAGUGCAUUCAUGACGUGGCAGGCCACAUCAUGAACGCCAAGUUCCUGCCAGCCACGAAACGUCCCCUGUGGCACCCUCCGGGCGUGGAACCGUACAUCUUGCUUGGCCCAGGGGCGAACGAGCCGACCGCCUCUUCCAGCGGGGAGGACAUGCCUGUGGGAAGCGCCUGGCGUCGGUCGUCACGGCAGCUUGUUUCUGGCCAACAAGAGGUCAAUGUGGGGUCGGCCAAUGCUGUGGCCAAGGCAGUCGCAGCGGCCUGUUUCGACUAUGACUCUAUUGAGGCCGCUGGAAGCUUUUUUGCUGCUGCCCGCGUCUUUCCAGUCCAGGACUGGAGCGCCCCCGUCCCAGAGGGCCGGCGCUUCGAGCAGCCCAAGUACGAAGCCCUGGAGGGCGUCCUGGGCUACCGCUUCAACGACAUGCAGACCCUGGGCCUGGCCUUCACGCACAGCUCCAUGCACAUGGGCGCGGACUACGAGGGCCUUGAGUUCCUGGGGGACGCGGCGCUCGAGCUCAUCGUCACCCAGCACCUGCUCAAAGAGCACCCCAGCCUGAGCCUGGGCGACAUCCAGGUGAUUCGAAACCGGCUGCUGUCCAACGAGUCCUGGGCGCGGCUGGCGCUCACGCCACCGCUGCAGCUGCACCGCCUGCUGAUCCACAACGCCGGCGGGUUGAGCGGGGAGCUUGAGGCCACGGCGCGGCGGUUGGAGGCCGCGGCCGGCGUACCGCCGGGCCUGCUGGAGUUCUCACCGCAGAAGGUGUGCUCGGACAUGUUCGAGAGCCUGGCAGGCGCGGUGCUGGUGGACUCCGGGUUCUCCGUGGAGGCCAUGCGGCGGGUGUUCCUGCCGCUGAUGCGGGGCCUGCUGGCGGCCGCGGUGGGCGGGAAGGGGGAGUGA